CCAAACAGGGAAAAACCUAGAUGAAGAACUUCUCUUCUUGGUAAUAAUCUUAUCUCUAUUGUAUUGUUCUUCUAGAGGUUAAGUAGCAUUUACCACUAGAAGACAAACCUAUUAAUUGUUUUCUACCAAACAAUAAUGGCACCAGAUUGGCUCCUAUAUUUGCACCAAAGGAAUCACUUCUUUUUUGUAUAUAAUUCAAAUGGUGCAACGGUUACUAAAAAAUAUUCAUGUCAUUAACCAUGUGGAUUUCAUGGAAGUACUAAAUUACAGAAUUUGUAGAAACACUUUCCCUAAAAUGGCAUUUUUUAGACUUCUACUUUCAUUCAUCAGUCUUCUCCUCCCUUGGGUUUUACCUCGAAUACCUAACUUUACUGUAAUAUUUGGUCAAUAAAUUCUGAAGAGUCUUGUAUUUGGCAUCAGACUUUCAGUUGGACCAUUUUUAAACUCCUAUUGAUAAAUAUUCUAAUUUAGAUUUAGGUUUUUUUGUUUACAUUUGAUACCCAUUCAAUUAGAAGCAAAGUAGUGUACAAAAUUAUAGAAUUCCUGACUGUUUAUGGUAACUACAAUUUUUGAUCUCUCCAUUUUGUUGAAGUUGGAAAGAAUAAUAGAGCUUUACUUCUAUUAAUGCCCUUGCCAGAACUUCAAACAUUAAGAAACCUUGAUUUUAAUAUUGUGGAUUGAAAUUUAUUAUCUACAUACACCACUUCACUUUUAUGCAUACAAAUACUUGGUAGGGAAGUAUCCUUCUCAAAUAGGACAGGUAAAUAUGCCAAAAGUUCUCAAGCAUAAAUGCUCUUGCUAAUCUUUUGAAAUACAUACCAUAUCAUGUAUUUCAUUAUAUUGCCAUCAUUGUGAUUGUUUCUUUGCUUUGCUUUUACUAUUGAAUAUUUAAGUUUUAUAUUUAAAAAAAAUAUUAUAUAGGCCACAUCUAUAUUACGUAUUACUAUCAUUGUUUCGAAAUUUAAUUUAUUGUUUUAACGCUUUCUUUGUUAGUAUCUCGGCUUCGAGAAAAACUUAAAUGAUAGCUUCUUUUCUUGGCAAUCAAUUUCAUUCGUUUAGGAAUGCUCUUAAAGAGGCUAACUUCCAUCUACUUGUACAACUCAGGGUCUUUAAUUUAAGUAAUCAAAAUCACCCUAGUGGUAAUGGUAACAGAUAUUCCAACUUUUGCAUUUUAGAAAUUGCUAUUAUCACUUUAUUUUCUAGCAUUGUAACGGUUGCUAAAUUUCGACGUGACUAUCCACGCAGGUUAGCAUUUUAUAAUUAAUUGUGCAGACUCUGUUUAACACUUACCUAAAGACAGCUUAACCGUGUGAUUUCCCUACAGUUCCCUUUCCUCUCCCUUCAUUUAAGAACUUGACAAAAUUUCCAAAAAGGAUACUCUACUUGCUUUUAUUUACUUUUACGAAACCAUAUCUGCAGCAUACAGAUUUCCAGUUGAGCAUCUAUGUAUACUUGUACUGAUAUGCAUCUAUGCAUUAAUUUUACUAUAAUUUCUUCUGUUUUUAAUUUUGAAAUUGCACAAUCUUACAUUUCAAAUUGAUUCAAUUAAUUAUUGGCAAAGCACUAGAUCAGACUUUACCUCAUGAAUCAGUUUACUACAAAACCACACUCUUUUCAUAUAAAUUGAGGAAAUUUAUAGAAACCAUUACUCACAUCUUUUAUUUCUGGUAUGGGUUCAAAAUCUCAGGAUACCACUCAAUAUCUGGAGCAUGCUGAUGCUGCAAAGGAUUGUUGUGGUGAUGACCUAGAGAGCGGUGUUCAUAGCCCUGAGGAUUUCUCCUUGAGCGUCGAUCAACUCAAUCAAGACUUUAACAAAUCUCUUGUUCUUAAAGGUUCAUCCUCAAUUGAAUUAAAGGAUAGUUCUAAUCUGACUAUGAUGAAAUCAGAAACUGACAAGAAGGAAACUAAAAGAAGGUAUGCUGUGGAAACGGGAACGGCUGCUAAUGAAAAUGAUGCAUAUUUGGAUCUCAAACUGUCACCUCCAGGGGUGUACUCAAGGGGUAAAUCGUCGAAUGAAUCAAAAUCAUCAUCCCCAAGUUCUCAAGACUCAUGCAUAUCUGCGGAGGUCGAAUCAAAUUUGAACUCGGAGGAUAACCUUCGAGUUGAAAGUUCACCGUUGAUUGUGAUGGGCUGUACUUUUUGCCUGCUUUAUGUCAUGGUGACUGAUGCAGAUCCCAGAUGCCCUAAAUGCAAAAGAUCUGGCUUGCUCGAUGCUUUUCGUGGAAAUCAGUUGAAGCGAUCAAGAAAGAACUGAGUUUCCUUUCAAGGAGUAUACAUGGUGGCUGGUUUCAAAUGCUCCAGUAUAUGCUCUUGAACUGAUGCACCUUCUGCUUUUUUCUUGAACUGAUACACCACCAUCUUUUCACUUGGGGAGUCAGAAUAGCAUCUUUUAAAUUAAUAAACAAAUAUAAUUUAUGUUUCUUUCUGCAAUCUUGCUCUUUCUUUUGAGAAGGCCAAUUCCUAUACAACAACACAUUUAAGUUACUAUGACUCUGUUGUUAAAGACAGUACAAAUUUUCCUUUGUUUGGGAAAAUCAUAGAGAGUUUAUUUCUCUUU